AUGGCUUCAUCAAAUAGAAAUUGGCCUAGCAUGUUCAAGUCCAAACCCAAAUGGCAGCAUGAAAAUAUGAACUCCUCUCUCAUAUCAACUGGUUGCCAUAGAACCCCAAACACAUCAGUGCCCGGAUAUGAAGAAAGAACUCCUGAACCUAAGCCAAGAUGGAACCCGAGACCCGAGCAAAUCCGUUUGCUGGAAGCUAUUUUCAACUCAGGAAUGGUGAAUCCUCCAAGAGAUGAAAUAAGGAAAAUUAGGGCUCAAUUGGAACAGUAUGGCCAAGUUGGAGAUGCCAAUGUGUUCUAUUGGUUUCAGAAUAGAAAAUCAAGAAGCAAACAAAAGAACAGACAACUCCACAAAACCAAGUCACAAACUCACCACACGCCGCCCAUCACCACUACCACCAUGGCCGCCACCGCUUCAAUUUCAACACCGUCCGAUAAAUCGUCUCUGAAUAAUUCAACCGAAAAGGCGAUCUUCUCAGCUGGAUAUACUGCUUUGAUGGAAGUAUCCAAUUCUACAACUGGUUCAGCCAACCAGUCAAUUUUCCAAACGCCUAGCGAGUUCGGGAUAGAGCCCUAUUUUUUUCCGAUGCAACAAAGCCCAUCAAGUGCUGCUUUUACAGAAGGGUUUUGCUUUCCAGAUGUAUCUGACCAUAUUACAGAUCAUGCGGAUGUAAAUUGUUGCUCAAGUCUCUUACUCAGUGAAAUGAUGCUGAUGAAUCAUGAGCCUUCCAAAAAAGCUAUUCAGAAUGAUCAUGAGAAUAUGAAACUGCUGCAACAACUGAGUAACAAUGUAACUACAGCACCAAAUUCUACACAUUCCGUUAAAGCUUUUCCUCCUACUCUUUGUUUUCCAUCCCCAAUGAAUCACAUUCAAGGUGUAGGGGAAUCAGGAGGAGGGGGUCCCACAAAAUCAACGGUGUUCAUCGAUGAUGUGUGCUUUGAGGUUGCAGUGGAAGAAUUAUUCAAUGUUAGGGAGGCAUUUGGUGAUGAUGCAGUGCUUGUACACUCAUCUGGUCAACCUGUUUUGACCAAUGAAUGGGGGGUUGCACUUCAGCCCCUUCAGCAUGGGGCCUUUUACUACUUGGUUAGGGCUUUCACUCCAUCAUCUGCAGAUGAGAGAACUAUUGAAUUGGCGUGGCACGAUCGUGCCACAAGCCCCUAUAAUGGAACCUUUCGACUGAAGGGACAACGUGGCAUCCACAAUCAACCGGUUGAUUUCGUUCAUGAACAGAUUGCAUAUUUUGAUGUGCUUCCUCAUGGAUUAUUUAGUUCCCCUAUUCAGCAGCUAAUUCUCAUGAUCGUGAAUAAGAAACCGAAAAAGCCACGUAAAUCUUCUCGUACAAUGGCUUGGAUGGGAAACAACAGGCAUCGAUGA